AUGCAAAUCGCAAGGAGGAAUGGCGAUUUCGUCGUCGACGCGACAGCUGGCACCGGUGUCGCCAUCUUCAAUGGCGUGUUGCACCAAGCUUGGACUCGCCAGUUUGACUGGCGAGUUGAGGGUAGGGGUUUGCAGUUCCUAGGUGCAGCUAUUUCCGACGCUGCAGUCUGCAACCUGCAAUGGGCAGUUCCUAGGUGCAGGGUGUCGCCAGCUCCAAUGGCGUUUUGGUUGGCCAAAAUCGCCAGCACGAGCAGCGAUUUGCCUUGCUUGGGGAUCAAUGGCAUCUUCGUCAUCAUGCGCAUCAAGUAUACAAACGAGUUUGUCUGGGAGCCAUACACAGCAACUGUGAUGACAGCGUUGCCUCCAAUUUGUGUGGUUGGAAGUGUAGCCUGGUUUGCGGUGGUGCCACUGAUUUGUUUCCAUGUUGUUGAGUGGCACCAACCCAAUAGAGUUUUACGACAAUUUGGAUUGCAACAACCCAUUCCCGGGUGUCCUUCGCAACCGCAGAAUCUCCAUGGCAUAACGCUCAAAGGAAAACAAGAUGAGAAUUGGUUCCACCUGUUGGCCCCAAUCAUUGAUCAGUGGAACAAUCAAGCAGAGUUUAGGGUCGGCGUUUAUCCUCGACAGGAGGGCCUACUGGGUUAUAACUCAGACUACAUGGUGUGGUAUAGGCGUAAAACAAAGAUGUUUGUCGACCCAAACAAUGCAAACACAGCUGCAUUGGGUGAAGUUGUGGAGACUUUACAAUAUAUGGUGUCACCACAAGGGAGGAACACGUGGACGGUUGAUGAUCUCGUGCCUUACGUCGAUAAGUUAGCGAUUAUAUCUGAAGAGCAAGAGAGAAUCACUGAGCCAGUGUCACAUGGUCCAGCAUCAGAGCGUGAAUUCCCAGCCCCAGAGUUUCACAUUCUUCAGUCAAGUGUUGAAACUCGGGGCAUAGGCAGACGAAGGGAGCCUGUUGAAGCCGAACAAUAUUCCCAACAAAUGAUGGAGCGUGGUCAUGGAAUGUAUUACACGCCAGCAACAUUUUCCGAAUAUCCUUCACAGAUGUAUCAGUAUCCUUUUGCAGGUCAUCAUACUGAUACUUCUGAGACCUCACAUUCGUUCGGUGGUGUUGCGGAAACACAACCUCAUUUUUCAUGGCCCACUAUGACUCCUUCACAGCAGCACGAUGCCCCCAUGGCAACACCUAACGCCCCAUUUGCUUCGCAAUGGAAUGUACCCGGAGCAAUACCUGAUAUGGGCGACUUAUUAGGUGUUGAUUUGCGUCAGGAGUUUUCUGCAGAGGCUGAGCAAGUAGAAGCGGGGAGACAACGCGGCGGCAGAAGAAAUCCUGAUCGUCAAGCGCGAAGAUGGGAUCGACCAUGUGGCACAUCCUCACGACAUCAUGGACACCAUAAUGACUGAUUUUGAUGUAUCUUUGUAAUUUUGUUGUUGUUUGUAAGACAUUUGAUUUUGACAA